AUGUCAUUUCAAACACUUGAUCAAGCAAUUUCACUCAAACUCAAAGUCACCACUUUGUUGGAUCAAGAAAUCACUGGCUCUAUUUAUACAUUUUCAUCUUCAAAUGAGGUGCUAGUUUUGAUAACUAGCAAUCAUGAACGAGUCAACAUCAAGAAUGAUAAAGAUCAAGACUCACCAUCAUCAAUAAAUCAAACAGCCACAUACCGGAUUAUCAACACAUCAUUUAUAAAAAGCAUACAAGUUUUGAACCCGCCUCUCAAGAAGGUCACGUCCAAGUCUAACAAGGGAGAUAGGCUAGUGAUUGAACCAAUCAAUGUGGACGACUUGGAACAGUUUCUACAAGAGCAAAUUGGAAAGUAUCAAGCUCCUCCAGUCGACCAUGACAAAAGCUCUACACGAGAAUCAGCAUCACAGCAUGGAUCACUGAAGACGCAGAAGUCCACUACACAACCGAAUCAAGCGCACCCACAACAAACCUCACCACCAACUCAGCAUCAGAAUCAGCAUCAACAUCAACAUCAACACCAGCAUCGUCAUCAGCAUAACCAAAAACCAAUUUCAUCCCAACUACAUGACAAGUUACUGGCCUGGUUUGGCACCGAGAACGUCUCCUUUGGGAACCAGAAACAUUCAGAGAUUAUCGUCCAUAACGACAUCAAAUUAAUUAAGCCAUUUACCAAUACACAAAAGAAUGUGCAAGUCUUGAACAAACAAACCAAACAUUUACCUGCAUUGAAUCGAGCUUUGAAGCAAUUUUGGGAAAGUAUAGAUAAUGAAAAGAAAGGAGGGUAA